AUGAAUGUUAUCAAGAAGAAAUGGAAAGAGCUAGUGUACUCUAUGAGUACCGAGGAUCACUAUGCGGAAUUCGAUCCCAACGAGCCCGGGAACUUCAAUAUGGCACGCAGAGCCAACCAGGGUAGUGGGGGUAUCGGUGCGUCGCGUGUGCAUUUGACGAGCACAGACGGAUUUGGCGACGAGGAGAUGAACAUUGGCGUGGAGGACGAUAAUAAUGACAUUAGCAUCGACGAGUACGGGACCACCGACAAAGAGGGCGUGUCGGAGGUAAUGCUGGCGUGGAGGCAUAUAGAGUCGUGGACGACGCAACACAGUCCUGACCUGAAUGCUUCGUUUGGCGACCCGUGCACUGAGAACGACAUAACGCACGCGGAGGAAGACUUGGAGAUAACGUUUCCCGCCGCUGUGAAAGUAUCGCUGAGGAUUCAUGAUGGGCAAGAGGAUUUGGAGUCCAUGACAGGUGUAUCUGGAUUGAUAUACGGAUUACAACUGAUGACUCUGGACCAAAUUGUUGAAAUGACCGGGAAAUGGAGGAGCGUCGCCAGAAACAUGAACAAAAAGCCUCUAGUUUCGUCGCCAAUAAUCAAUCAGAACCAAUCUUCGUCAGGCUCCUCCACACCUAGUCCGGAUGAAAUGAAAAGAAGACAAUUUAAACUAUCUCAUAUUCCAACUCAAAACUGUAUUCCAAAGGGGACCAUUCAACCUGUCUAUGCACACCCUGCCUGGAUACCAUUGGUAACCGAUCACGCAGGAAAUCAUAUUGGUGUUGAUCUUGCCCCAGCCGAGGCUGGUAAGUACGCUCAAGUUAUAAUUUUCGGUAGAGAUUUUGACACGAAAUACGUCGUCGCUGAAAAUUGGGGUGACUUUCUUCUAUCAUUUGCGAACGAUUUGGAAGCAGGUAAUUGGUAUUUAAUUGACGAUAGCGAUGAUUUCCUGGCGGGUGAUGGGGAUCUUGUAUUUAGAGACAAGAAGUCCAAUGGACCAGCUCAAGACUAUCUGGAAAUUUUGAAGAAAAGAGUAUGGCUUAAAUCACAGGACCUAAAGGGCGAAAAUUCAGUAACGAUGACAAAAAAGGCUAUACGCAGUUCAACCGAAUCUGAAUCUGUAAAAAAUCAAAGUUUAGUGGAAGAGACUGAUUACAGUACUCCAAAAAAAGUUAACUCUCUCGAGCAAAUGGAGAACCAGGUUGAUGAUGCUAUCACAAACAGCGAGGCAAAAUCAAAGGAUUUAAAAAUACCGGCAAUGGAAGUUACGAAUGACGAAUUAGAUACUAAAGACUCCACGGGUGCGACCCCAGAAGAGGUGAGUAUUGGAGAAAAUAAAGAGGAAGCUUCAGAAGAUUUAGGUCCUAUAGGAAACAAAGAAGAAACUCAAAAGGACCUAGCGAAUUCAUUAGAAGAAAAACUGAAAAUUUCAGAAGACGAGAAUCCUAAUCUCGAAAAUGAUGCUCAAGAGCAAUCACAUGAAGAAACUUCAAAUAAAAAAGGUGACCCAGUUGAUCAAAUCGACAGCGAAAAUGUCACAAAGGGUGCCCGAAAGGAAGAAUUUGAAAGCGUUGCCUUAUAA